AUGGCAGCUGAAACAGAAAACUACAAGCAGAUGAAUUCAUAUCAUCUAAACAGCCAAUCGAAAAUAUAUAAUCAGAGUCCUAACAAUAAAUCUCUCAUUCAUUAUAACAGUUAGUUAAGAGAUGGUAGUCAAAGCGGGUAUUCUGAUUAUUAUAUGCCAGGCUCUUCUAGAUAAGCUGCUAUGGCUUCAAUUUACAAAGGAAUAAAGAAUAAUGAUGUAUCACAAAUAUUAGGAAAGAGCUCCAAUAAUAGAAGUUUCCUCCCUUCAAUUAACUAAAGAGGUGAUGAUGAUAAUUUUGACGAAAAGACUGAAGUUCAUAAAAGCUUAACAGAAAUGAGAAAGCACUACGAUCAAACUAAAACUUUAGCAAAUAGAAAAGAAAAAGAAUUAAAGCAAUUAUAGGAAGAAAGUGAUAAGCUUAAAGAGUAGGAAUAAUUCCUAAAAGAAAACAAUGUAGAUGUCAUUUAGAAUGAAAAAGAUAUGAUUAAAGGAUGUGAAGAAUCUAAGAUUUAAAUGGAAGAGACUGUUUUGCAGAGAAAGAGUUAUUAACAUAUGAGAAAUAGGCUUAAAAAAGACAUUUAGCACUAUGAGAAACAAGUAAUUAUCUACCAAAAUGAAUUAAAGUAGUUAAGAUAAGAGCAACAUGCCAUUAGCUUGCGUGCUCACUAAACAAGAUAAUUUAACGAUUAAACCUCUAAAAUGAUGGAUGAAGUUAUGAAAAACGUAGAAUAAGAGAGAAAAGAAAGGGAGAGUAAGCUCAACCAGAUAAAAGGAAAAAUAUAGACAAGAUAGGAGUUGGACAGAAAAAGAGAGGAAAGAGUUAUGCAAAUGAUGGCUAUUGCUGAUCAUGCUAUGCAUGAUAAAGAUCCAUAAGAAAAAAAAUGGAGAUAACUUUUAUUGGUUCAUAAAUUUGUAAGCACUUUACUCAAACAAAAAAUGGAAAGAGAAAUGAAAAAGUUCGAUGUAGUUGAAUCAGCUUUCUAGAAAAUAAAAACUGCCACAGGUGUUUCAGAAAGUGAAGAAAUAGUAACAAAAUUCCUUUCUAGAGAAUAGACAUAUGGUGAACUCUUAGCUACAAUCGCAGAGAGUGAAACUAAAAUUGACAACUUAAAAAAGAAAAAUGAGCAAUAUAACUAAAAAUUAGCUGAUCUGAAAUAAGAGCUUGUAGCUUUAGAAAUGUAGUAAAAAAAGGGUAAACAAGGAUUUAAGGAAUAAGAAUUAAUUAAAAAGUUGGAUGCAAUGGAUGAAAAGGUUCAAAGAUCUAUUUUGAUGAAAUAAAAACUUUAUUAAUGGUGUAUUCGUAUAUUAACUAAACACGAAUAAGUUAAUAGACCGAAAGGAUUUAAUUAAAGUAAAAGAACAAACUUUUACGAACAAUUUCCCAGAAGUUAGAUUGAAUAGCUAUUUAAUAAAGUGUGCACUGUCUUCCAUGCUGAAUUAGAUAAGACAAAGGACGAAGACAUUGAACAUGUUCUUGAUUAACUUAAUUAGACUAAUGUAAAUGAUGAAACUCAAAACGAAGAAUUCAUAAGAAGAAAUCUUCGUAUCAAGCCAUCAAUAAAGAAAUAAUAUUCAGAUAACUAACAACCUAGUGAAGAUCAUAGCUUUAACUCCGAAAAAGAUUCUCGUGAUUCAUAUCAUGCUAAAUCAGCAUCAUAUAUUGAAUCUGAUACAGAAACUACUUAAAUAGAUGAUGAUGCUGAGAAUGAUCAUAUUGGAAAUUUAAGAGGAGAACUCAAAAGAGAAUAAGAGCUUCAAGUUAAAAAAAAAAGACUUGAAAAAGAAAAAGCCUAAUAAAAGAGUCCUUAAAAAUGA